AUGUUCGAAGGGGAACUUGCAGUUGAUGGUAUUGGAACAUCAGAUCUAGGAACAUUAGGAGGCCAUUCAGCCCCUCGAGCCUGCUCCUGCUAUUCACAGUGCAUUGAGAGGAGCUGCCACAAGUGUGCGAGUGAGUGUAAGUGUUUGUGUGUAUGUAAUGUGUGUUCUGUCCGUACAGUUUGUGUUUGUGUUUUUAACAGUGGAAUUAGUCACGGGGUAGGGUGGGGGGGGCCUCAUUUAUUGCAGUACCAUCUCUUCACAGUUUCAAACUCCUUCAGGACGGACCCAGCCUGCAGGUUUGCCGUGUGGAAUGUUCCAGAAAUACUUGAAAAUACGAAUGGUAGCAAACAGUCCGCCAAGGCACCUAUAAUCGAGGGAGUAUGUUUGUCUCCUUUUGAUUCGAGUUUGUGGAAGGUGCCGGUGUGUGAGUGUUGCUGCAUAACGUGUCUAUCAUCGCACAUCUACUACAACACCUCGGAGGGACUGGUUUGUGCUGACUCCGAUGAGUUUAUUCUGCUGGGCCUUGAGGAUGGUCGGAUUCUCUUUAUGGAUGUGCUGGUGGAGAGUGUGAAGUACCAUGAGAUGCAAGCACACAAGGGCGCAGUGAUCCUGAUAAAACAUGACAUGGAUCAAAAUCAGCUGCUGAGCCUGAGCCGAGAUACUUCAGAAAAACGUCUAAAGAUUUGGAGCUUGCCAAAGUUGCAAUUGCUCCAUGAGCUGCCAAUCCCAAGAGAUGUUGUCACUUUCUCAAGAAUAGCCAGUCAGCUGUGUCUGGGCCUGGAGUCUGGAAUGAUCCUCUUCAAUGAUAUCGUGGCCACAAAUUCCCUGAUGUUGUCGUUUUCUCCGACUGUAUCACAAGAUGUUAAGAACGAGUCAGGGGAGAAGCAGCAUUUGGAGCAGCCUGCCAUCGCUGUGAUCACUGACGCCUGUCCCAAGCAAAGCAUCUUCCUGAGCUGCAGGUGA